AUACAGGCUCCUGUUUGAACACUCGUCAGGAAGUAAACAGAAAUGAAGACUGUCGUUCCUACUGUACCAGUAGCAACUUAUUUCUCUUUUAUGGGCUGGUUCUAGCAAAUAAUAUUGAUUGUAGUGAAACAUUGGAACAAUACAAUGGAUAGAUUCACUUGGUCAAACGGCCUCCUGGAAAUGAACGAAACGUUGGUAAUCCAACAACGAGGUGUCAAACUAUAUGACGGAGACGAUAAGGCCAAGAUGGAUGUCGGAGUGGCUAUUCUCACCACUCAUCAAUUAAUCUGGAGAGACUCCAAAAAUCAUGAGUGUUGCAUAUCCAUACCCCUGUCCCAGAUCAUCUUCUUUGAGGAACAAGCUGCCGGAAUAGGAAAAAGUGCAAAGAUAGUCAUCCACCUGCACGCAGCCUCCCCCAAGAAGGAGCCAGGACCUUACCAGAAGAGCAAGUUCACCUUCAUCAAGCUUUCCUUCAAAGAACACGGACAGAUCGAGUUCAACAGGAGACUGACUGAGGAGAUGACCCGGAAGAGAUGGGAGAGCACACCUGUGUCACAGCCCAUCCCCACAGCAACAGGAUCUCAGGCAGGAAGGACCCGCGCGGUGGGAAUUGUCGGCAUCGAGAGGAAGAUAGAAGAGAAGAGGAAAGAGACAGACAAAAACAUCUCUGAGGCCUUUGAGGACCUCAGUAAGCUCAUGGUGAAGGCAAAAGAGAUGGUGGAGCUGUCUCGAUCCAUAGCCAACAAAAUCAAAGACAAGCAAGGAGACAUUACCGAGGAUGAGACGAUCCGCUUCAAGUCGUACCUACUGAGCAUGGGUAUUGCCGACCCCGUUACCAGGGAAACCCAUGGCUCGGGCACGCACUACCACAUGCAGUUGGCCAAACAGCUGGGAGACAUCCUGCAGACCCCCCUGGAGGAGCGGGGAGGCAUGAUGGCUAUGACGGAGGUGUACUGUCUCGUCAACAGAGCGCGUGGCAUGGAGUUGUUAUCCCCAGAAGAUUUGGUGAACGCAUGUAAGAUGUUUGAGUCACUCAAGCUUCCACUGAGGCUGCGUGUGUUCGACAGCGGGGUGAUGGUGGUGCAGCUCCAGUCCCACAGCGAAGAGGAGAUGAUCGCAUCAGCGCUCGACAGUGUGUCUGACAAGGGCUCGCUGACGGCGGAGGAGUUUGCCAAGCUUCUGGGUCUCUCUGUUCUGCUGUCCAAAGAGAGGUUGUUGCUGGCGGAGAAAAUGGGCCACCUGUGCCGGGACGACUCCGUCGAGGGCCUGAGGUUUUACCCGAACCUGUUCUGACCCGCUCACGCUCCCCAGAUGUGACAUUCCGAGCAACGUGACGUGGAAUUCACGUCCAUGUUUCAUACGUUAUAUCAAUGUUCUUCCCUUUUCUCUUCUAAAGCAAAGGGUGUUCUGUGACUGGCCAAUGAGGGGUUGGUUGGUGCAUAUCCCACAAUGUCUCUGGAGAACCAGAACAUAAUUAUCAGGAAGAAUACAGAGCUAAUGCAGGUCUAAGGGACUAGAAAUCAUUGGAUGUCCUGUAACAGUACUGUGUUUGUAUAGUAUGAUGGCAGCACAAGGAAAGCGAUAACCUGGCAAUGCUGCCUUCAAAAAAAAAAAGUAUGCAAGGGUGUUCCCCCAAAGAUUCUUUCACUCAGCAAUUUAUUAUUCAAUUCGGGCAAUUGUUUUAUUUAUUUUUUCGAUUGAAUAACUUUUGCGCCAUGAGGUUUCUGUCAUCAUUAACACUGUACGUCUUUUUUUUCUUUCGUAAGAGGAAUGAACAAAAUGGAGGAUGGAGACCAUAUCAUGAUUCAAGGAGUAGAGCUUGAUAUACUGUAUAAGAUCGCAGUUGGUUCUUGCGGGCCGGGUUCAGGUACAGAAGAUGGUCCCUGUCUCAGUGGAAAUGUCAUUGAGGGUCUGUUCCCUCCAGUUCAUGUCUAUGUUACGGCCUGCUAUGGGCCUGAGCUUGUUUGAAACUGUGUCUUUGAUACCCACCCCCCCCCCUCCUAUUCCCUCCCCAGUCAGAAUAAAUUUAGUUUUGGACAAACACGA